AUGAGCGGAAGGGCACCUCUGGUUCCAACGGCUUUCUCCUCCAUUGUGGUCCCCAGAUUGACUGGAGGGUUCUUCCCUGGUGGGAAGAUCAUCUCUUUUGGAGAAUGUGUAUGUCAGGUAUUCUUUUCGCAUUUCCUCGGAUGUACUGAAAGUCUCCUUUACACAGUUAUGGCUUACGACCGCUUCAUUGCUAUCUGCAAGCCCCUCCACUACAGCCACAUCAUGCAUUGGAGGGUCUGCCUCACCCUCUGUUUGGGUACCAUGAUCGGAGGCUGCCUGAACUCAGUGUUAGAGACGACCCUCACCUUUCAAUUGCACUUUGGAUGGAGCAAUCAGAUUGACUAUGUCUUUUGUGACAUCCCUGCUUUGCUGAAGCUGGCUUGUGCGGACACAACUUUCAAUGAGAUGGUGGCUGUAGUGGACAUCGGCCUGGUGACCUGCUUCAUCCUUAUCCUGACCUCCUAUGUCUAUAUUGUCUCCGCCAUUUUGAGGAUCAGCAGCCGUGAAGGGCGUCGCCGGGCCUUCUCCACGUGCUCAGCCCACAUCGCAGUGGUCGUUAUCUAUUAUGUCCCGGUGAUUUUCCAUUACUUGAGGCCAGCAUCUCAGGGCUACAUGGAUGGUGUGGUGAGCACGUUCUACACCACAGUAACCCCGUUUCUGAAUCCUGUCAUCUACACAUUCAGAAAUACAGAGAUGAAAGCUGCUUUGUUGAAACUGUGGGUUGGGAACCCCAAGUAA